AUGUUGGAUGAAUCCAUCCGGCAGGAAGAGGACGAAGGGGGGGGGGGCGCCGUUACCGAAGACCCCCCCCCCCGUCACCGCGACCUUCGCCGCGCCCCCCCGCGCCGACGCCCCCAACGGAAAGAACGCCAACGCCCCGUUUUGGCUACUUUGGAUUUACAAAGCGCUGAAGUUCAAGACAAAGGAGAACCUUUUCGACUUGAAACGAAAGGAGGGGGACCCCCAAAUCCAUCCGGGACCCCCCAACCUCCUCCACCUCCUCCGACUUUGGUCAGCUCGGCCGAUCUCUUGAAGCUGCGAUCGCUCGGCGAAGGUCCCCCGAAAGAGCUGAAGAUCCGCCUUAUCAAAGUGGAAAGCGGAACGACGGGGGCUGCCGGAGGGGGGGGCGCUGCCGCCGGAGGAGGGGGAGACCCCUUCGUCGCUUCCGAACUGGAGGAACCCCGAGGGCUCCCCUUGGCCCAACUCACCAUCCGCCACAGCGCCGCCGAGGUCGUCCGCGCCAGCAAGCAGGUGCGGCUCUCGGGGCCCUUCCGGGAGUCGUAUUUAUCGCCGUCGCAGUCGGUGAAACCGCGAAUCGACGCAGAGGAGCGGCUGCCGCGGGAGAAGCUCAGCCCCCCCACGCCCAGCAUCUACUUGGAGAGUAAGCGCGACGCCUUCUCGCCGGUGCUGCUCCAGUUCUGCACUGACCCCAAGAACCCCAUCACCGUCAUCCGGGGAUUGGCGGGGUCCCUGCGCCUCAAUUUGGGGUUAUUCAGCACGAAGACGCUGGUGGAGGCGAGCGGGGAGCACGCGGUGGAGGUCCGUACGCAGGUGCAGCAGCCGUCGGAUCAGAACUGGGAUCUGUCGGGAACGCGACAGGUUUGGCCCUGCGAGAGCAGCCGCUCCCACACCACCAUCGCCAAAUACGCCCAAUACCAGGCCUCGUCCUUCCAGGAGUCCCUGCAGGAGGACAAGGACAGUGAGGAUGAGGAGACGGAGGAGCCCGACAGCACCACGGAGACACCGCCCGGAAACCCCGACCAGAAAUCCCACCAGAUCAUCAAAUUUGGGACCAACAUCGACCUCUCGGACGCCAAACGGUGGAAGCCGCAGCUGCAGGAGCUGCUGAAGCUCCCGGCCUUCAUGCGCGUCUCCUCCACGGGGAACAUGUUGAGCCACGUGGGUCACACCAUCCUCGGCAUGAACACCGUCCAGCUCUACAUGAAGGUCCCCGGCAGCCGCACGCCCGGCCACCAGGAGAACAACAACUUCUGCUCGGUCAACAUCAACAUCGGCCCCGGGGACUGCGAGUGGUUCGCGGUGCACGAACACUACUGGGAAACCAUCUCGGCCUUCUGCGACAAGCACGGCGUGGACUACCUGACGGGCUCGUGGUGGCCCAUCCUGGAGGACCUUUACCGCUCCAACAUCCCCGUGUACCGCUUCGUGCAGCGCCCCGGCGACCUGGUGUGGAUCAACGCCGGCACCGUGCACUGGGUGCAGGCCACCGGCUGGUGCAACAACAUCGCCUGGAACGUCGGGCCCCUCACCGCCUAUCAGUACCAGUUGGCGCUGGAGCGCUACGAGUGGAAUGAGGUGAAGAACGUGAAGUCCAUCGUCCCCAUGAUCCACGUGUCCUGGAACGUCGCCCGCACCGUCAAAAUCUCCGACCCCGACCUCUACGCCAUGAUCAAGUACUGCCUGAUGCAGUCCAUCAAGCACUGUCAGGUGCAGCGCGAGAGCCUCGUCCGCGCCGGCAAGAAGAUCGCCUACCAGGGCCGCGUGAAGGACGAGCCGGCCUACUACUGCAACGAGUGCGACGUGGAGGUGUUCAACAUCCUGUUCGUGACGAGCGAGACGGGCGGGCGCAAUACGUACCUGGUGCACUGCGAGGGCUGCGCGCGGCGCCGCUCCGGCGCUCUCCACGGCGUCGUCGUCCUCGAGCAGUACAAAACCGAAGAGCUGAUGCAGAUCUACGACGGCUUCACCCUGGUGGCGUCUCCCGCUUCCAGAUGAGGACGUGGGGACGUGGGGGGGGGCACAGACGGACACACGGACAUCGACCCCCCCCCCCCCCCCCC